UCAUCUCUGACCAGAUUGGAGUUGGACUGAUGGCCUUCCAACAAUUUGGAGGAAUCAAUGGAUUCUGCUUCUACGUCAGCUAUAUUUUUGAGGCAGCAGGUAAAGGGAAUUUAAUAAAAGUUACAAAUGCCAGAAUAAAGAAAAAAAAAAAAUGAAAAUCCUGGUCUCUUCUCCUUUGAUAAUGUUUUUGAACAAAAUUUCUGAAGUAUCUAAAACAAAUUUCCCAAGUCAAUUUUGAUAGAAACAAAUUCUCAGCUAGGCUUUAGAAUCUACCACUUCUAUUCUUUUAAACAAACAACAAAUCUAAUAACUAAGACAUUCUAAAAUACCAUUUCACCUUUUUUUAUUGAUAAUGAUUCAGGGUUCUCUUCCAGCCUUGGGACCAUAAUCUAUGCUGUUCUUCAGGUUGUGGUUACUGCACUUAACACAGUUGUGAUUGAUAGAGCUGGAAGAAAGCCCCUAAUACUGGUACACUGUAAAUCAGAUCACAUUUAAGCUCUUCAGUUUUCUUUCCAAAUCCUUCUUAACGGUUAGAGGGUCAACCUCACACUUUUCCUUCCUUCUAGGUGGCUGCAGCAGGAUUGGUUAUAGGCUGUCUGCUGACCGGAACUUCAUUCUAUCUUAAGGUUACCUGUCAAAUUUUUACAUGUAAGAACAUCAUUUUUGCUUUCUAUAUUACUAAUAUCUGGAAAACCUAUUCCGACAGGAACACGGGCUGGCAGUCGACACAGCUCCAAUUCUUGCAGUAGUAGGCAUACUGGUAAACAAUAGUCUUCCAUCAACUUGAUUUGAAAAAAUGCAGCUUAUCAUAUUUCCUUUGUUACCUUUCUAACAUAUCUUGUUUGAGACCAGGCAUACAUAGGAUUUUUUUCAGCAGGGAUGGGAUCAGUUCCUUGGGUUGUAAUGUCUGAGAUAUUCCCAAUAAAUAUCAAAGGAGUAGCAGGAAGCCUAGCAACACUGGUCACCUGGUUUGGAGCAUGGGCAGUUUCAUACAGUUUCAAUUUCCUUGUGGAGUGGAGCUCCUAUGGUAAAUACAGUGACUAUUCUUUUCCUUAUUUUCAUUGCAACAAAAUGAGGAGUAACAAGUAGAAACAACACCACAAUGCAAGCAAAUUAACUAGUCAAAAGAAACAAAUUUGAAAUUCCAAAUAUCAUUCCCUGUAAACAGGUUUCCAGUUUCCACUGCAUUUUACGAUGAACGAAUAAAUUGUAACUAAAGGUGAAAGUUGACCUGUGUGUUGCAUGAUUUUCAGGAACAUUUUUCCUCUAUGCUGCAGUCAAUGCACUGGCUAUAGUAUUUGUGAUCGCAGUGGUACCUGAAACAAAGGGGAGAACCCUGGAGCAAAUUCAAGCAGCCAUCAAUGCAUAGAGAAUCAACAAAAAUUGAACAA